AUGACACCACCUUCUAAAAUUGAGGACAGUUCAUCAUCAUCAUCCUCAUCAGCAGAUUCUUCCACUUUUGUUACUGGUAAUUCAUGGUAUACUAAAGUAUCAGAUAUUAAACCAGGUGUUGAUAGAUUAAUUGACGCUUUUCAUACUAAACAAAAGACUCAAGAUGUUCAAUUUCGUUUAAAUCAAUUGAGAAACCUUUAUUAUGCCGUUCAAGAUAAUACUGAUGAAUUAUGUGAAGCUUUAGAGAAAGAUUUUCAUCGUGCAAAUACUGAAACUAAAAAUUUAGAAAUUGUUGGUGGAUUAGCUGAAUUAGUUCAUACUAUGUCAAGUUUACACGAAUGGUUGAAACCUGAAAAAGUUACUGAUUUACCAAUUACUUUAAAAACUAAUCCAAUUUAUAUUGAAAGAAUUCCAUUAGGUGUUGUUUUAAUUAUAAGUCCAUUUAAUUAUCCUUUCUUUUUAUCAUUUUCUGCUAUUGUUGGUGCAAUUGCUGGUGGUAAUGCAGUUGUUUUAAAACAAUCUGAAUUAGCUCCUAAUUUUUCAAGUUUAUUUAGUAAAAUUUUAACUAAUGCUUUAGAUCCAGAUAUUUUCUUUUCUGUUGAUGGUGGAAUUCCUGAAAUUACUGAAUUAUUAGAACAAAAAUUUGAUAAAAUUAUGUAUACUGGUAAUAAUACUGUUGGUAAAAUUAUUGCUAAAAAAGCCGCUGAAACUUUAACUCCAGUUAUUUUAGAAUUAGGAGGAAAAUCACCUGCUUUUAUUUUAGAUGAUGUUAAAGAUAAAGAUUUAGAAGUUAUUGCUAGAAGAAUUGCAUGGGGUAGAUUUACCAAUGCUGGUCAAACUUGUGUUGCUGUUGAUUAUGUUUUAGUUUGUGAAAAACUUCAUAAAAAAUUUGUUGAUAUUUUAAUUAAAAUUUUACAUGAAGAAUUUUAUCCUGGUUUAAAUAAAGAUACUAAAGGUUAUACUCAUAUUAUUCAUGAUCGAGCAUUUAACAAUUUAUCAAAGAUUAUUUCAACCACAAAAGGAGAUGUUGUAUUUGGAGGAGAAACAGAUGCUAAUUCAAGAUUUAUUUCUCCAACUGUUAUUGAUAAUGCAUCAUGGGAUGAUUCAUCAAUGAAAGGAGAAAUUUUUGGUCCAAUUUUACCAAUUUUAUCAUAUGAUAAAUUAUCAGAUGCUAUUAAACAAGUUUUAAAUCAACAUGAUACUCCAUUAGCUCAAUAUAUUUUCACAUCUGGUUCAACUUCACGUAAAUAUAAUCGUCAAUUGGAUCAAAUUUUAACUUAUGUUAGAUCAGGUGGGGUUAUUAUCAAUGAUGUUUUAAUGCAUGUUGCUUUAAUUAAUGCUCCAUUUGGUGGUAUUGGUAAUUCUGGUUAUGGUUCUUAUCAUGGUAAAUUUUCUUUUAGAAGUUUUACUCAUGAACGUACUACAAUGGAACAAAAAUUAUGGAAUGAUAAUAUGGUUAAAGUAAGAUAUCCUCCUUAUAAUUCAAAUAAAGAUAAAUUGAUUAAAAUUUCUCAACAAAAUUUCAAUGGUAAAGUUUGGUUUGAUAGAAAUGGUGAUGUUCCAGUUAAUGGACCAAGUGGGUUAUUUACUACAUGGACUUCAAUUACUGGUGUCUUUAGUUUACUUGCUGAAUUCAUAACCAAUAAACAAUAA